ACACAUACGAUAAUGAAUAAUAAUAAUAUCCACAAUUUGCAAAAAUCGGAGUUUUGAAAGUGUCAUCGAUAGCAACCAGUGCUGAUUUUUUGUUAUCGGCAGUGGGUUAAUGUUAAUCUAGCCAAGAUGUCCUUUGCUGGCAAAAUACUUCAACACAGCGCCCGCCUGUGGAAUGGCCUCAGUUCCAAGCGUGGAUUUCACGUCCUAAUGCGCCCCACGGCCAUCGCAGCCGGAGUGACCAACAACAGCAAUCAAACACAACUGGUGGCCAACACAAAUGUUUCCGCAGGACUGCUGACCCCUGUCUCUACUCUGCUGCAGCAGGUCGCCGGCUUUAAAGUCAAGGGACGCCUAAAGAGGCGCUGCAAGGAUUGCUACAUUGUGGUGCGCCAGGAACGCGGUUAUGUCAUCUGCCCCACGCAUCCGCGCCACAAGCAAAUGUCGAUGAAGAAACGUGACUACAAGUCUUGGAUAUUGACACACGCCACCCAGUCCAAGGAACGAGGCUUCUAGUUUUCUGUAGCCCCUACAACUAGCAUUUUUCUUUCAAAUUUAAAUAAAAACAUAACAUUUUAUCUAUAGUGGAAAA